CCCCCACUUCACCUCACACCAACACCACCAAAAGCUCACCACCAUCCAAUCAGAUCUCCACAACACAUAUCAAAAUGUCAGGGCGCGGAAAGGGAGGCAAGGGACUCGGCAAAGGCGGAGCCAAGCGACAUCGAAAAGUCCUCCGCGACAACAUCCAGGGCAUCACCAAGCCUGCCAUUCGCCGUCUGGCUCGCCGUGGCGGUGUCAAGAGAAUCAGUGGGCUCAUCUAUGAGGAGACCAGAGGUGUAUUGAAGAUCUUUUUGGAGAAUGUGAUUCGUGAUGCGGUUACUUACACUGAGCACGCCAGGAGGAAGACUGUGACUGCUAUGGAUGUUGUGUAUGCUCUCAAGAGGCAGGGCAGGACUCUUUAUGGCUUCGGCGGUUAAUUUCUAGGGUUUCUAGGUUGUAUUGUGUUUGUUCUAAAUGAAUGUGAUGUGUAGUUGAAUGGUUAUAAUAUGAAUGAAGGUGGUGCUCUAUUGUUCUCAA